CUUCGGAACUGGAAUUACGAUACUAGAAGUCACGCGAGCUCCACACACACAGCAAUUGUGUUUACGUUGGCUCGUUUCUCACAAAAGGGAAACGAGAAACAUAAUGCGUGCUACAACACUAAGCCUAUUUAUUAUAUUUUGUAGCGGAGGGGCAGUGAUUCAGGCUCAGAAACCACCACCAAAAUGCUGCCUGAAGCCAGAUAUGUGUAGCUUUUUUACAGCAUCGCUCAUUGGAUACGUACAAGAGAGUGAUCGCGCAUACGGAUCGUAUUCACAAACUGUAGGCAUCGUUGCCGACUUUCCGAGUUCACGAUUUGCAUUGAAUAUUACUACGACGGUGAAUGGAAACACGACGAACACUAUUAUCAUUGAGAAAUAUAUAGAGAAUAUACAAUGGGUUAUAGACCCCUUGGCAAAAACGUGCCAUGAGAUGGCUAUUCCAGAGGGCACCUCAAAGAUCGAAAGGUGUAUACCAGAUGAAGCACAGUUUAGCGGACAUGUAACAUUCGCAGGCGAUAAGCCUUGUAACGUCUGGGCGUUUCCCCUAAAAACCACGUCGUUAGAUGGUACGUUUACAAGUACGGUAACGGCGGAUGGAUGCAUUCCAGUUGGUGCAGGUUUCACCGGCACAGUGACACAAGGAGUUUCAAAAACUGAUCUUGUUGAAAGCACUGGUUACUACGAUUUUAAGGCUCUGAAUGAUGUAUCAAAGUAUUUUGUCCUACCAACUUACUGUCAGAAGUCACAAGACCCUCUUUUGACUGUGAAAAGCAAAAUGUCAGAUGAAGUAAAGAGAAUAAAGCAAAUCAGACGUUUCAUGUAGGCAUGGAGACAACUGCGAUACAUGGUCACAUCAAUGCGUCUUCAAACUAACAUGUUAAGCAGCAAAUAUUAUCAUAAUAUCAAUAAAAAAAAAUUUAAAAUAGGCACUUAUAAGAUUAGUUUGCUUUUAGUAUUUAAAUACAAGGCAAUUUAUGUCUAUGCUUUUAGCAUAAUAGGCCUAUGAUUUUUAGUUAUUGUUUGAUUCCGAAGUCGCUGUAUCACAUUUUAAGAAUUCUAAUAAUAGAUUUAAUUAAUUGCAUUUAACAUAAAUUUUUGUAACAAUAAAAUUAAUAUGAAAAUAGUGUGAUUUUUUUUAUAGAGAAUAUAUAUUUUAAUACUUUUAUGAUAUUGGGAUACAUCAAGUUUCUAAUUUUAAUACAAUUGAAAAUUUACAUUUCUUAAAGUAAUGUUCGUGAUUUGCAAAUGAAUUUUAAAUAAACUUUAUUGAAAAAAUAAAUUGAUAUAAAUAAA